AUGGAAGACUAUGGAGUAGACAAUUUUGAUGAUUAUUAUCCUGAUGAUUAUUAUCCUAGCGAUAACUCCGAAAUUGCAGAAGGAUCAGGAAUUUCAACUAAGACCUUUAAUUCAUUAGUGGUUACUAAACCUAGUAUGCAAGCAACAUCAGAUGUUCUAACAAUACCUUCAAAAAAUAAAAAAAAAGAGCCUGAAAAUAAAAAAACAUACAAACGUAAAAGACCAUCAUUUACUCGUGAUUAUUUUGAAAAAAUGAAAAAUGAUAAAGGCGAAGAGAUACGAGUUUGUAAAAUUGUGAAUGAGGAUGGGAUUAAGUGUGGUCAAUCAUACAAGAAUAUAGGAAGUUCAACGGGAAACCUUAUUAUACAUCUUAGGGACUGCCAUGGAAUUGUUUCACAUGACGAUAUUGAAGCUCUAAGAAAGAAACAACGUGAAGAAGUAGUUCUAAAAUGGAUGUUACUUACAAAUCAGCCACUCUCUACAGUUACUAAUGAAGCAUACAAAGAAAAAAUGGCUGCAUUUGAUCCUUCUUUUACUAUUCCAGGAGAAAAAAAAAUUAGAACCAUGAUUGCUAAAAGUUAUAACUAUAAUAGAGAAAAUUUAAAAAAUCUUCUUAAUCAAACUGUAAAAAGCAUUUCACUUACAAUGGAUCUCUGGUCUAGCAGAGCCAAGCAUGGAUACCUAGGAAUUACUGCUACUUGGAUUAUACCAAAUUUAGAAAUUAAAGAUGUAAUAUUAGAAAAUAAGUAUGUUCCUGCUCCACAUUCUAGUAAAGUUAUAGCUGAUGAGCUUUAUCAGUGUAUAAAUUCUUGGAAUCUUGAAAAUUGUAUAACGUCAAUUACCACUGAUAAUAGAAGAAAUAUAGUCGCAGCUUUCCCUUUAUUAAACCAGAAAGACGGAUGCAAAAAUAUCAAAUGCCUUUCAUGUGCAGCUCAUACGCUUCAGUUGGCAAUUAGAAAAGGCCUAGCACCUGCAGAGAUCUUGGUGGCACGUACAAGAAGGCUAAUUCAAUUUUUUCAGUAUCAAAAGCAAAUAGAGAGGUUAGAGGAUGUACAAAAAAAUCUUGGAUAUACAGAUGAUGUAUCCACUCGUUGGAAUUCUAUGUAUUACGCUUGGGAUCGGCUCUUUUUUUUAAAAGAUACAAUUAUUCAACUCCAAGCUAAUCUAUGUACAUCAGUUGAUUGGGAGGUUAAAAAAGAUGGUAACAAAUUAAAAAGGAUUCUUCUUUCAGACGAUGAAUAG